AUGGCAGCCAUAAAUGUUUAUGAUUAUAAUGAUGGUGGUGGUGGUGAUGAUGAUAGUGGUGAUGAUGGUGGAGGUGAUGAAGAUAGUGGUGAUGUGGUGGUGGUGGUUGAUGACGAUGAUGAUGGUGAUGAUGAUGAUGGUGGUGAUGAUGGUGGUGGUGGUGGUGGUGGUGGUAAUGGUUUUGGUGGGGAUGGCGGUUUUGGUGAUGAUGGUAGUGGUGGUGAUGAUGGUGGUGAUGAUGGUGAUGAUGGUGGUGGUGGUGGUGGUGGUAAUGGUUUUGGUGGGGAUGGUGGUGUUGGUGAUGGUGGUUGUGGUGGAGAUGUUACUGGUGGUUGCGGUAGUGGUGAUGACGAUAAUGAUGAUGAUGGGAGAGAGGAGGGGAAAGGGGGAUGGUGA